CUUUCAAUUAAAAUAUUAACAACUAGUUAAAUGCUCAACGCACUUGCUGUAUUAAUAGAUAAUCUAGUACUCGGGCUUCAACAUCGAGAUUUUUAUUAAAAAUAGACGCAAAAUUAGUAAAGGAUCUGGGAACGAGUUUUGUGACAAAGUCUGUUUUUGUUUAUGCACGAAGCGUUGGUUCGUUCAGACGGGUAGUAUCACACCUGCAUGCCGGGAAGAAAGUAGCGUAACUAACAAAUUAAAACAGAAGUUUCGAAUCGAAUAUGUCGUUCGAUUAAAAUUAUGAAGAAAGAGAGGUGAAAUGUUUCACGAAAACAUGAGAACGAAGAACAUCUUAAACAGAACUUGAGAAUACUUUUAGAAUGUUUUGUGUAUGAAUUAUACGUAAGGAAUAACAUGUCCGUGCGUGAUUCCUUUAUGAGGCUUUUCCGUUCACGCAAAUACACAAGCUCAGAUUCGAAAGACCACGAUACUGGCGAUUAUGAGAGUGCUUACGAUGAUCCUGACGAAAACGUCGACUCGUUAUUCUCGAAAUACGUAAACUGGAUUCGUAACCACGUAAAACUUUUAAUGUUUGCGUUACUUGUCGUAACAUCGCUAACUCUUGCUGUUAUAUUAUCGAUACUUACGUAUACUUAUGUUAGCCGAUCGAGCAAAUUCGAUUCUCGUUUUGUAGCACACAAAGAUGACCAAAUGAACUUGUUUAGCCAUCAUGAACAUAGACUGCGCCUUCCAGAUUACGAUGAGAGAGAAGAUUAUGAUAAUGGAAUAUCAGGCCCAACAAACUUCGAACAGAGUCCUUUUUCUUUCAGGGAGCGACAUAAAUUAAGUGGGUUGAAUUUCGAGCAAAGCGAUAAUGAUGAAAGUGCUGUGUCGCAUAACGAGAUAUUUCACGACCUAGAUGACGUCUUUGAAAACACGUCACCUGACGAGUAUCGUGUCAUAGAACACGGGAUAAUCGAUAAACCGUUAAGCCGGAAGCACCUUAAAUCGGCAGCUAUCAAAGAAGAAAACGGAGAAACGCGAGAGAACAGCUUGCACGAGUUCAGACCAACACCAAUGACUGAAACAAAAAAGACUUUUUUAGACCCACCAGAUAACCCACGGCCUACAAAACGAGGCUCUGUUGUUAAUGAAAAACUAGCUUCAGAGUCGGCAGAACCCAAACAUGUUCCCGUAGUAGAUGCUGGAGACGCUCCUGCAAUGACUUUAUAUCGCGUUCAGAACGCUGUCAAAGCCGGUGCCGUUUGUUUAGAUGGUUCGGCACCGGCUUAUUAUCAUCGUCCAGGGAGUGGAAACAGUGAGAAGUUAUGGAUCAUUCACUUUAAUGGCGGUGCAUGGUGUUUCGACGCAAAAGCCUGCUUUGAAAGAAGCCGAAGUUCGUUGGGCUCGACCAAGAAGCUACCGCCAUCACCUCCUAUUAUCCAGGGUAUCAACUCACCCGAUCCAUCCGUUAAUCCCGAUUUUUAUGACUGGAAUUUAGUUUGGGUUGUAUAUUGUGACGGAGCAUCAUUCACAGGAAAUAGAGAGAGACCUCUCAUCUCAGAUUCUGGGGAAACGAUAUACCUACGAGGAAAACGUGUUUUAAAUGCGAUAGUAAACGACUUGUUAUACAACAGAGAUUUUAAAUUUGCUAAGGCUAUUAUUCUCACUGGAUCGUCCGCCGGGAGCAUGACGGCUAUGUUUCAAGCUGACUUCAUAGCUUCCAAGUUUCCAAAGACAAUUCCCGUGCGUGUUCUAUCCGAUGCCGGCUUUUUUAUCGACACGGCGCCAAUUGGCGGCAAGAAUCUGGGGUCCAUAUUCAAAAGGGUUUAUGAAUUACAAAACUCCUCGGCAGGGUUAAAUCAAGAUUGCGUGCGAGAUGUUGGCAUGGAAGACGGUUGGGAAUGUUUCCUACCGGCUAAAACAAUGAAAUACGUCAAAACACCGACGUUUAUUUUAAAUUCGGCGUACGAUAUAUGGGCGUUGAUAUAUUUUCUUGAUAUCGAUUGCAAAUUUCCAACAGUUAAUCUAAAAGAACGACGAAAGAGGAACAUAGAUCCAAAGUUGUUUUUGCGUAGUGAUUCAGAACUGGAUAUGAGUCCACUUAAUACUGACGCUGAUCGUUUUUUAUUUCGUCGCGACGUUAGACUUUUUAAACGAGACUUAACUACACGAACGGAAAGAGAUAUAUCAGGAUUUGAAAUGUUACCGCUCUUCCGACAAAGUUCGGAUCGUCGAGAUAAAGUUCCGGCAGAUAAACCAAGUUCACAAAACACGUCAAGUAAUAAUUCAACGAAAGAAUAUAAUACAUCUGUUACGACAAACAAUAAUAAUACUUUACAGAAUACGACAACUCAAGUUAGCAAUCAUACAAAAAAUAGUCAAUAUAAGUUAAGUAAAAAGAAGAAACACACCGGUAAAUCACGUUUUUUUAACUUUAUAAAAGAAUUAGGUGAAGUUACAUCGUCAGACGAGAAUAUGAACAAUUUAUUUCAUGCCGAUUUGGAGGCAGAACUUGAAAAUUCAACUGCUGUUAAUAACAACACAACAUCGAACUCAACAGCAGAAAUUUCGCAAAUAAAACAAAACACUAGCCUGGUAACAAAUCAACAAAUCAGCGCGAAAAAAAGUCCUAGUCUAGCUGAAAAUAUUCUCGACUCGAUGAACAAUACCACAGAAGUAGAAAACCUUUUAGGUAUAGAAAAUAAAGAAAUCGAUAGUUUGGAUAGUAAAGACAAAUUAAGUAAGCAAAUAACAACAAAAUCGAUGAUCCCGACUGCUGUCAAAUUUUUGCAUAACGAAUCGACAAAUCCCUUCGAAGAUAUGAAUAACAUACUACAGGGUAUUGAUAGAUUAAGACAAAUCAAAGAACAAAGUAGACAUAUAUUCGAAACCAAGUUAACAGGUAGCCAGCUUAACAUUUCAAUGGCGGUAAAACGUCAUCAUUUAAACGAAACAGGGCACAGUAAAAUCAAAAAAAGUAGACGUUCGACAAGCAUUGCGAAAGAAUACAUAAACAUAUUGCGCUCAGACCCACCAGAAUGUACAGAGAAAGAAAUAUUAAACGCAAUGAAAUACAGACCAGCUCUUUUACAUUCGACUGAUAGUGUCAUGCGCAUGCCCAAGUCGGGGCGCUUCUUAGUAUCAUGUAUAGAUCAUUCUUUAUCUUUAUUUGAUGAAACAUGGACUGGACUAAUCGUUGGAGGGAAAUCCAUACAACAAGCGUUUGGUGAUUGGUUUUACGAACGAGGAAGUAAGGAAAAAUACAAUUUGGUAGAUUGUCCAUACCCUUGCAAUCCUUCGUGUCCUUAGAUAGUAAUGUGAGUUUUUUAUACUGUGUAUAUAUAGUUGUUAAGGCUUUCUAUUUAAAAAGAUAUCCAAACCAGCUUUUACCUGGUUUGAACACUAUUGCAA